AAACAGCCAGAGACUUAUGUUUCAGUCUCAAACAUAUCAGAGUUUAGUCUUACAGAUCCUCAAAUAUAUACAACCACAGAUCAUACACAACAUCGCCGGAAAGCAGUUCACCCGGCACCUGUAUAUCUCCAAAUUAUUCCCCUCUCGCUUGGUCCUGCCUUGGCCGUAGAACAUACUUCCAAGUUGUUCCAAAAUGCCACCGCUUCUCCUCCACCACCUCCAACCCACUCUCCUUGACAAUAGCCCCAAUAUCCCGGUUCCACCAACACCCAUGGCGAUCCGCAUGUGCCGGCGCCAGAUUAUCCAAAAUCCGGUUCAGCCACCCAUAAUAAGAACGCCCAUGCUCCAGAAGCAAGAUGCGACCACGACUAGGCUCCGUAAUUGAACCCAAAUGCUUCAACGUCGCCACGGGGUCCGGCAUCGAGCAUAACCCCAUAGUCUGCACGAUGGUAUCAUAAUACCGAUCCUCACGAGCUCCAGGCCCAUCACCAACAUCCUUAGACGUCUUAAUCGUAGCCACAGGCUUCUCAACGGCAACCUUUGCCGCAUCCUGUGCACGAAAAAGCACCCGCGUAAACUCCGGCCUCAACCGUCGAAACUUCUCCUCCGUGAUAGCCACCAUCUGCGGACUCAAAUCCACCAAAGUCAAAGUACGACAACCCUUGAUCGCACUCUUUCCUUCCGCGUCAACCCCACGCCGCUCGCCUAGCUCGUAGUACUCCAAAUUCCGGCCCGUACCGCAGCUCACCUCCAGUACAUCACCACGCGCCAUACGAACGAGCUCAGCGCGCUUAGUACCCAUGCGCAUAGCUUUCUCAGACAAUUCAACCUCGGCGUCAAAGGUCGGCGCGGUCGAGUUGUACCGAUCUGAGACGUCGGUCGGGACGUCGAUGGAUUGCGCUUUGCUGACCUCGCGCGUGUAUGACGCGUACAGAUAGCCCGUGUAGGUACUGAUGGUCAAGGCUGUGAUGCCCAGGAAGGUGAGUACGCGUGGCGAGAUGCCAUGAUAGGUUUUUCUUUGCUUGGCAUCCUUCUCCGCGCGAAUGCGUUCUUGGAAACGCUGGAGUUCGGAUUUAGGGGGUGUCUGCCUCUGUGGUGGACUGGUUUUGGAGCUGCGAUAGUAGUCAGUGACUGAUCUUGAAGAUUGAAUUUGAACAUCUAGCGUUGGGAACAUACGUUGACUGUGUUUGUCGACGCGCCUUGCUUUUUAUGCCUCUCGAGAAGGUGGUGGUAUGAUCUUUAGCCUGGAGAGAGACGCGACCUAUCCGAAGCGCACUCAUUCUGACUGUUGCUGGCGAGAAGCCACCCAGGCUCCCUUUCCUGAUAAAACCUCUGAAGAGAAAGACUUCGGUACAGACAAAGCUAUAUUGUCCGAUAGACCUUUCUAGGAGGACCGCCGUCGAGGACGUCGUGAAACACGUUGAAAAUUUCAAAUCUUCGCGAAGAAGAACGCACGUCUGGACAUAUAACAACGGAGCGGGGAGAUCCUCAAAUCCGUUUUCUCAUCUCAUUCUAUGACCCGCUACUGCGUGAAUGGCAAGACUCCCCGGUUGAUACGCUCUGCAACGGCGUCGGGAUGUCGAAUGGAGAACUCGGCAGAAGACCGGGGCAACUCCGUUAUCGGGCUAUCGGUUUCCACUUUCCUGGAGAUGCACACUUUCAAGUCCACCCUCUCCCUUUCUCCCCCGCACGAAAUUGUACAGAGUGAAUUUCUUUCACACUUCCCUUCUCACAAUGGCACUGCCGCCGAAGAUUCUAAUUGUCGGUGGAGGCGUUUUCGGCCUAUCAACGGCCUUGUCCCUCCGCGAGCGCCACCCCAAUUCGCAAAUCACUGUGGUCGACUCGGCGCCGAUCCCCAACCCAAACGGCUCGUCCGUGGACACAUCGCGCAUUAUCCGCGCCGACUAUGCCAAUUCCGCAUACAGCCGACUCGCAAAUGAAGCCAUUAAGCGCUGGCGCUCGACCGCCUGGGGCGCCGAGGGUCGCUACACACAGACCGGUCUGUUGCUAGUGUAUCCCAGCGACAGCGCCAGUGCACAAGAGUAUGCGCGCAAGAGCUACGCCAACGUGCGGGCAAUUGAGGGCGACAAGGUGGUCUUUCUGCCUACUCAGAAGGAUGUCCUGAGCGUUGUACCCCCGUAUGGUGAGGAAUUGGAUGUUGCGGGUGGGUACGUGAAUUGGGGAUCUGGGUGGGGUGAUGCGGCAGCUGGAGUGCGAUUUGCGAAGGGAUUGCUCGAUGCCGAUGACAAGGUGGAUUUCAAGAUUGCCGAGGUGGAGAAGGUCCUAUUCGACCGGUCGAGUUCGAAGCCCAAGGCGAAGGGCGUGGUGCUGGUGGGCGAGGAGACGCUGGAGGCGGACUUGGUGAUUCUUGCGACUGGAGCGUGGACGGGCAAGUUGGUGGAUAUGCGAGGCAAGGCUGUGGCUACGGGCCAGGCUAUUGCUUAUAUCAAGAUCUCCGAUGCUGAGCAGAAGGAGUUGGAGAAUCUGCCGACUAUCUUGAACUUUGCGACGGGCAUCUUCAUUAUCCCGCCGCGAGAUAACCUGCUCAAGAUUGCGCGCCAUGCAUAUGGUUAUCGCAAUCCGACCACCGUGCCCGUGCCCGGUGCGGAGUCAUCCAGUCAGACCAUGCAAGUCAGUCUGCCCGAGACGGGCUUGCCCGUUCCCCUGGAGGGAGAGGAGGCAUUCCGAGAGGCACUGAGACAGCUGCUUCCGCGGUUCGUCAACCGGCCAUUUUCCGGUACUCGUAUCUGCUGGUACACCGACACUCCCAAUGGCGACUUUAUUGUCUCGUAUCACCCCGAAUACGAGGGCCUUUUCCUUGCUACUGGUGGCAGCGGACACGCCUACAAGUUCUUCCCUGUCAUUGGUGACAAAGUGGUUGAUGCGUUGGAGGGCACACUGGAACCUGGGUUCCGGGAUUUGUGGACUUGGAAUGAAGUGGUGGUGCCUGGUACGGCGACUGAUGAUAUUUUUGAUGGCGAUGGCAGCCGGUCCGGAGCCAGAGACUUAAUUUUGAAGGAUGAGCUAGCCAAGACGAAGAAGGCUGCUAGAAAGGGUGUUUUGUAGAUUAUUAUUGUGAGUGGAAGGAGGAGAGGGGCGGAUUGUACAUGUUGUGAUUGUGUAUAGUACAUAACGGUGUAUAUGGAUAGUAUAGAUUUUGAACAUACAGCAUACCGCAAGUCAACGAGAGACGCGUCC